CAGGGUUUCUCGUUGAACCGGGGACUGACCAUGACCUGUUGUGAAGGAUGGACAUCCUGUAAUGGGUUCACCUUGCUGGUUCUACUUCUGCUGGGAAUGACCCUCAACGCAAUCCCUCUAAUUGUCAACUUAGUUGACGAAGGCCAGUUUCUUCGAAACCCCAUCUCUUGCUUUGAGUGGUGGUUCCCAGGAAUUAUAGGAGCAGGGCUGAUGGUCAUUCCGGCCACAACAAUGUCCUUGGCAGCAAGAAAGAGAGCGUGUUGCAGCAACAGAAUUGGAAUGCUUCUGUCAUCACUUCUGAAUGUGAUCACAGUCAUUGGUGCUGUGUACUGCAUGUUAGUAUCUCUCCGGGCUCUCUCGGAAGGCCCUCUCAUUUGUAACUCUCAAGUGAACAGCACUUCCAGUUGUGAAUUUUCAUUCAACAACUUAAGCAACAUCCAUCCAGAAUCCUUCGAUCUACAGUGGUUCUUCAGAGAGUCCUGCAUGGCUCCUGCUGAGGUCACUGAUCCCACCCUCAGUGGCACCAGGGCCAGUGAUGGUGGACGCUAUAGCUUGAACUUCAGUUCUAAAGAAAACAGACACAGGACGAUCCAUUUUUCAGUGUUCUUGGGCCUGCUGCUUGUGGGGAUUCUCGAGCUCAUGUGUGGGCUCAGUCAGAUGGCCAUCGGUCUUCUCGGCUGUCUGUGUGGAGUCACUAAGCGGAGAAGUAGGAUUGUGUAGUUUUGUGGCAAUCAGGUGGGAAUCUUAGCAGUUUGAAUCAUCUGGGGAUUGCGUUUAAAAGACUCUCUUUCAGAAGUUCAAUAGCGGAAUGCGUCUAGGAAGCUACAGGAAUCUUUUUAGGCCAAAAGUCACCUUUGAGGUGGUUAAAAAAGAAAAAAAAAUCAGCCUUUCAUGUAUCAAGCAAGAGCAAUCAUCAGUGGUUGACUUGGAGGAAAGGCAGAGAGAAGUUUUCAGUUUGUUUUGUAGCUUUCGGUACUUCUGUACUAUUUGAAUUUUUAAGGACUAUAUUCU